CAUCUACAAGGGUGAGAUGUCAGAUGGAGGUCACCUGUAUUGGAUUAGGUAAUGGCUGUUAGAUGAGAAGAAGCCAAUCUCCUCUGCCAAGUUUUGUAAAACCAAAGCUCUUAUAUUUUGCAAAGUCUUUGUAACGAGUCUGUAAUUUUCCUUCUACGUUCACACUGGCGUUUGACUCCCUAGAUCGUUACUUUCUCCAACCUCCCCACAUCGACAAACCGCAAUGGCGUAACGGAAUAAAGUUAACAUUAGUUCAAAAACUACGGACCACCGUCCUUUAAGGGCCCCCAGCAAAAAUCUGCUAUUAUUCUUUUCAUAUCAUCAUUUCAUAUAUUACUGUUUUUUGCCGAAAAAGCGUUUAUAAAAUGGCCAUUGAGUUGAAUUGUUUUUCAACCGCAUUUUCGGAGCACUUCGGCUCGACGUCAUGAAGCUUUUCGGCUUCCUUCUUUUUCCUGCCUACUACAUCUACAGUUUUGUUUGGAAAACAUGGUCGACAGGUCAUUUCCCAGAACUUGUAAUUUUCAUUUUCCUUCUUUGAGUCGUAUUAUAAGAUAGUGGGGAUAAAUUUAAUAAAGCUUUUAUUAGAUGUUUCAUACCACAAAGACUUGGUUCAUCUCUAUUCAAGGAAUGCAAUUCGGGCUUGGUUUAGACUUUUUCAAAAACCAAUGAUUUAUUAGUAGAAAAUUUCUAUACCCACGACUCUUAUUUCAUUUUCUCGGGAGUCUGUGGCGCUAGGAAAAGCAUUCGAGUCCCAUGCUUUUAAGAAAACAUCUGAUGCUUUUAAUCGAGUGGCGAAUCACUAUUGCACAAUGCGUACGAGAUUUCUACCAAAACAAAAGGAUAAACAGGGAUUUUCAGAUUAAACAAUAAGAUUUCGAUCAUCUGAAUACGAGAUUUAUACGGAGAAAUUUGCCCGUCGCUUUGGAUCUUCGGCUGCCCUAUGUCGAAAUGUCGCAUGUUUUUACAGAUUAUCCAUAGCUCUCAGUUGAAAAUAAAAUAACACCUGUUUCCACCUUUUCCAAGAUUUUUGAACGAAAACUUUUGUGUCACAGGUACUGGACAAACCUUACUCAAAAAACUUGAGUUCCAAGAAUUUGAUAAUUGUUUUUUGAAUGAACCGAAAACGACAAUAUUUAGUACUUUUCCAAAUAUAAACAAAACCGAAAUGGGCCUUGGCUUCUCGACGAAAGUGAAAGCAAUUCGCUAAAUUCUAUUGUUAGAGUGGAAUAGAUCGUUUAGCAACAUUGUAUGUGUAGCGAAAUUCUUUUGUAGAAAUUCGCAGCAAUUGCGAUCAGUUAUCUUGAGAGCGAGCCACAGAAGUUGCGAGCCACAGCGAUGUUUCUACCGUGCUUGAUUUUGUCUGUGUGGUUUUUCAUAUACGGUGCCGAUACCGCUGACAUAUUUGUUUCCCCAAAUGGAAAAGACACAAGAACCUGUGGUAGUCUCUACCAACCAUGCCAUUCGUUGAUUCACGCAGUAGAGAAACGCGCCCGUUCAGAAGAUGUCAUAAAAAUAGAUGGGCAGUUUAAAGUACUGGCCUUGCCACGAUCUAUCAGACCUAUCAAUACUGCAUUCAGCCGAAUACACAUAACAUCUUAUAAUGGCCCAUUGACAAUAAUAAGUAAAAGAAAACGGGUAUACCACUUCUUCUCCUUCCCUAAAGUAUUUAAGCGCAACUCAACCUACAGCAUUAAAAUUUCAAACUUGAAUUUUCACAACAUCCAUAUAAUGGAUGUGCGUAGUUAUCAAACAGACGUUUUUGAAAUGCAAUGGACGGUAGAUAGUUGUCGCUUUACUUUUGAUGCAAAUGUUAUGAAAACAUCGUACAUAACCAUCGGUAAGAAUCUUAAGGCAUUUCAGUUCACCAUGAUUCGAUGUUAUGUAGAUGGCGCAAGCAUGGCUGAGUUGUUUCUCGUGCGUGUGUCUGUUAGGAACACAACUUUCAUUCAGAUCACACUCGACAAUUCAACAUUCGUCAACGUGGCCAAUGUUAUAUACGCGACGGAAUUAAACGUCAAUAAAGCCGUUACCAUCACACAGCUCAAUUUCUCAGUAAGGAAAUGUGUAUUCUAUUCUCACAAAAACGUGACGUAUAAAAAAUCUCUAUUUGUGAUCUUUGGCUCAUUGUAUGCUAGAAAACGACCAUUAAAGGUCUUGGUUGAGUUUUUGGAUUCAAAAUUCUUUGGCCGUUCGGUAGACCCUAGUACUUACUAUGCGGCGGUAUUGUCUGUCGCCGGUUUUGUACACUUCAAAGCAAAAAGGUCUCUGUUUAGGAAGAAUUCUAGUGGCUGUGGAGGAGCGUUAAAUCUAAAAACGCGACAAUGGCGGUUGAUCGAGCAUUGCGUGUUCGAAGAAAACACUGCCAUAGCAAACAGUAUUUGUGGCGACACAGAGCUAUCAGGCAAUGGAGGAGCUAUACUUGUCAACGGUAAAUUCAGGUAUUGUUAUACGAAAAUCGUCCAUACGGUAUUUAGAAACAACAUUGCAUCAUGCUACGGUGAUUCUGUGUACGCGGUACAUAUCUACGAAAUAAUUCUGGAAGAUUCUGCAAUUAUUUUUGACCUGAAUGGAAACCUUUUUGCUGGUACGGACGAUUUGCUGCAACGCACAUUGUGGUACACCGAGAGUACGCGUUUCUCGACAACUAGAACAAAUGUCACUGUAAUAAGUACUUCAAAAGAGUCGAGAAUUGGCUUAUUUUUAAGUGCAAUACGCAUUACAGCUUUCCAUGAGAUUAAUUUCCAGUGUCCACGUGGGUAUAACGCAAAAGUAGAGAAGGAAAAAUCAGGAAAAAUGAAGAAAAGAAGCUUAGAUUGUGUAAGGUGUGCUGAUAAAACUUACACCGUAGCGCCUUCAUACGCUAAUAUCACCAAGAUGCAUGGAAAAAGAAACAGAGUUCACAUAAAUCAUUGUCAAAAAUGCCCAUUCGGGGCAAACUGUGAUGAUAAGCUGAAAGCUAAACCAAAUUUUUGGGGUUUUAUAUUCAGGAAAUCCUUACAGAUGAUAAGUUGUCCCCCUGGGUACUGUUGUAGGACCACACCUGAAUGUAAAACGAUUGACUCGUGCAACGGAAAACGAACCGGUGUGUUGUGUGGGGAAUGCGUUCACGGCUACACGCUGAGUUUCUUGUCUAAUCGUUGUUUACCAAAGAACAGCUGCAGUAUUUUAGCUUCUUGGGGAGUUGUUAUUGCACUUGCUUUCAUUUUUCUGAUGGCAUUGGCAUUCAUGCAGGAAAUGGUGACGUUAAUAUUGCGCAUUUUUGCAGCUCAUGUAUCACUGUUUGGUUCUUUCAAAGUUUUCAAAACGCAGCAAAGCAUUGUGGGAAGCAGUCAUUUGCAUGUGACGAAAGAGGGAUGCGGAGAAGCAGACGAUUUAGGAACAGGAGUUGUAUCUGAGGGACUAUCAUGCAAUAGUGAUUCUUACAUCAAAGAACCUGAGGCUGAGCAAACUUGUUACGGGGAGACUAAAACUGAAAAUUCAGGAGCUGUAACGAAGGAGGACUCGGGAAUUAAAUCAGAACUGAAACAGAGUAACUCGACUUCUGCUGGAAUAAUCAAAAUAGUAUUCUUUUAUUAUCAAAUGAAUGCUUUGUUGGUGUUAUACAAAACCCAAUCGAAAUCAUCUGCCUUUGGGAUAGUUCGCAACAUUCUGAAUGCGUUUUUGAAUUUCGAUCUGAGCUACUCUGUUAUUGACAGAGUAUCUUGUCUGCUUCCAGAAAUUGGUAUUGUUCGCAAAACUAUACUAAGAUCGGCUUUUCCAGUAACAAUUUUGUGCAUGGCUGUAUUAUUAUAUGCUGUCCUGAAUGUGAUAGCUUGGGCUUUAAAAAGACGACACUUUAUACCUGACAUAUGCUCAAUGAAAGCGCGCCUACUUACAACAAUACUCCAAGUAACAUUAUUGAGUUAUUCGAAUUUCACUUCAAAUACAUUGUUACUUCUAACCUGCGUGUCGCUUGCCAAUGGCAAAAAAGUACUUUACAUCGGAGGCCAUUUCGAGUGCUACCAGCCCUGGCAAUAUCUUUUGUUGUCUUUCUUCAUAAUUUGGUCAGUGCCUCUGGUUUUUGCAUUGUAUUUAGCCAUUAAAAGAUUGGAGACGAAUACCUUUUCAGUCAGAGGCUUUUACACGGCACUGCUGUUUCCCUUGCCUUACAUCGUUUUCACGGGUGCAAAGGUGAGCUUAAUGGCGCUCAGAUCUCGCUUUCAUGACAACAAACCUGCAAAUCGCGAUGAAGAUAUCAGGUACACAGCAAUUACUGACAUUUCAAAUGAGCCUGAGUCUGGCCUAAAAGGUUUAAACCCGUACGUUGUCAAGUUGAUGAUAAAAAGGGUGCUAGGAGGGGCAUAUCGUUACAACGGAUUCUCUAGAUUGGCCUGGGAGCCAAUGUUGAUCUUACAGAGGCUCAUUCUUCUAUCACUGCAUGCGUUUAUCCAAGAUCCUGUUAGCAAGUCAUUGUCCUUGCUUUUGGCUAUAUUCAUACUAAGUUGCCUUAACAUUGCAACUAAACCCUUCCACAGUAAUUGUCUAAACGCGUUCAAUUAUCUUUGCAUGUUUUUUCUUUUCACAAAUGGUGUGCUGAACUCGUUCAAUGCCUACAUUUACACUUCCGGGACAGAAGCAGAUGGACCAUUUGCGGCGAUACUGUCAGUGCUGGAUAUAAUUGAAAUUUGCAUGCAAUUGCUGAUUCCGUGCGCUGUUUUGGUUGCAGUUUUGAUACUUACUCUAACCAGAAUCAUGUGCUUUGCUAUUUGCCUUGUUCGUGUAGCUUGGAUGAAACUGAGCAUUGUAAAAUAAAAUAAGUCUUACCGAGCCAUCUACGAAAUCAGAUUGUUUUGUUUUUAUUCAUAAGUCAAUUACAACAAGGCUAAACUCCUCUUUAAUUUAAGGCAGGUACUUUUUUAAUGACCAUCUCUUGAAUAAGAAAAAGCGAGUUCGUGUGAAUAGGCUUCAUGAAUAAACAACAAAGAGUGUUCCACAAAGAUCUGCUUUGGGCUCCCUCUCUUUUAAUGUAUCUGUAAAAAAUAUUUUUUAAUUGGUGAAAAAGCUGAAGUUUGUAAUUAUGCUGAUGAAACGGCUAUUUUUCUAUGCGAAUAUGAAUUAGAGUAGAUUUUUCUAGCCUUUGAACCGUUCACAACUUGAAUAUAAAUACUGAUUAACGUCACUACCAGAACUGACAGUUACUUGCCUUUGAAAUUCAAUUUUUUUCUUGGAUCUAAAAUAUGGCAUCAAAUGCUCUUCUCCUUUAUAGGGUCUCUGGUAAUAGAUAGUUUUAAGAGAAGUAAUGUAGGUAAUGAUUAUCAUUGUAACUAUUUAUUACAUAAACGAUAUUUUGAGAAUGAAGGGAUUCUGUAGUUUUAAACAGACAGGUAUCCUCGUAAACUAGAUUUUAUUUUGUUACCAACAUGCAUUAUAUCAACUUGUAGUGUUUUUGUAGUUUUAUAUUUAUUGAUAUAGUUGUUAGCUCGAUUUGUUUCUAUGUUGAACAUGUAUUUAAGUUUUGGUUGUCAUAAAUUAGCAUCAAAUAGAACGAGAGGCCAACCUUAAACAAAGAAAUCAUUUUUUUGCUAUUUAAUGUUUUAAGACUGUUAAGGUCAAGUGUUUGUAGCACCUAAAUAAAGGCUUAAAUAAAUAGAUAAAUAGAGUUUUAUUCUAAUGAAAUAGAGGAAGGAGGAUAUCAGUGUUGAAGGCUAAAGACACAUGUGGCCUCUAAGCCUGCUGUAUCCUGGGCACUGCAUUGUAGAUUUUUAUAAAAAAUCAAAAAUACCAAAAAAACUACAACAAGAAAAGUCAUCUCUCCUGCGUUGUCUAGCAUCCAUAACCGUAUGGUCUAUUAUUCCUCACUACGAUUAUUCCUCAAUCAAACACCAAGAUCCAAUCAAUAGCUCUACCAAACACGAACAUCUAACAAACAAACUAACAUCAACCAAAUACUACUCGAUCAAUGUUAAAAAAUAUAGUCAUACUGUGUAACGCAACGGAAAUUUAUGCGAGCACAGUUUAACGCGAAGGACGAAGGCUUGACACGGAAGUUCGCAGAGAAAAAAAAUAGCGCAUAGUCUUGAGCAACGUGAAGUUUUCAGUUCCCAUGGAUCAACUUUGAGAGUAAAUUUGUGUAAUAGUGUACUUCCAAAUGUGCCUUAUGAGAGCAAAACAAACUUCACAAAUCCUGAAAUUGAGGUUAAACAAAGAUGGUAUCAGUCAAGUUGUUUUUACUACCUAAAAUGGCAUUACAUAUCUUACCACAAAACUUGUAGAAUUCUCAGGGCUGCGGAGAGGAUUUAUGGGCCCCGGGUCAGGACGAAAGAUAAAUAGAAAGCAUUCCUUAGGCAGACGCUUCUAGGGGACAGGGGGAAGGCUCUCCGGGAAUUUUUGAAAUUGACUGUUGAUAAAAUUGCUCUGGUGGCUAGUUUGAUCGCUAAAAUUGCUAUGGUGUCUAAACUGCCCUAGAGGGAGGUCAGAGGGGGCAAAAUCUCCCCCCCCCCCGCCCCCUGUAGAGCUAAACUGCUAUUUUGUCGGAAAACUUCUGGACUUGUCGGAUAUUUAACACAGUUGUCUAUGUUUUUCUUAUUGCCAUGUUUUGAUAGGAAUGAAUUUAAAGCUACAUAAACACAAGAAUAUCUUAAUAAAUCAAAAGAUUUAUUGAUUUCAGCUCCAAUGUCAUUAUGUUAUGUUAAAAUUUAUGAAAAAAUACAAAUAUUUGAUAGAUUUUUGUAGAAAAAUCUAAGUUUCUCACCCUUCCUAUGAAUGUUCCUAUCUAGGCCAUUGUCUGAUGGCUAUUACUUCUGUUUGCUAAUUGGUAUAAUUUGAACACAACUGAUAUCUUAACACCAUAAUGCAUAAAAAUGAAAAUUUCUUAAAAAUUCGAAAAGUCUCAGAAAAUGGAAAACGUUUAAUUUGUUAACCACAUUCGAUCACAACCAAUUCACUGUUGCAAACAGAUACACAUGCCAUGGUGUAAAUCUGUAUGAUAUACAUAUUGUUGUAUGUUGCCCUGUUGCAAUAACAUUUUUUGUUAAUAUUCAGAAGCUUUUCAACUUCUUUAGCCCAAGCCCACAAAGAUGAGAAAUUUUUCAACAAAAAUAUCUCAAACAUUCAGGCAGUCAAAGACUCGAACUGCUUCUACCUUACUUCAUUUAUAGACUUAGUCACUAUUGCCUCUAUUGAUGACAGUUUGUGAUAAUGCAGAGGCUGGAUUAUUACUAAGAAAGCUUUUAUAACUGAAUUAUUAUUUAUGGGCCCCUAUAGCAAAGGGCCCCCGGGUCAGUGACCCCCCUGACUCCCCUCUCCUCAGCACUGAGAAUUCUCUAAAUACUCAGUAUCUGCUAGAAUAAAUUUUAGUUGCAAGAACAAGUGAAGGACUCCUUAGCCUGGUAUAACUUAGGAGUUAGGAAGAAUAGCCAAAGGUAUAGCCAAAGUUUUUGUUUCUUUCUGUACGGAAACCGUAUUUUUUGACAUUCAUUUUCAAUUGCUUCAAAACGAAUCCAGGAAUAGAAUGUAAUGAGCAUAACGUGAAUAACAAGGAAAAUGGUUCAGUAUGGAAAAACACUUCACUGAAAGAAGCACCAUUCAAAAUUGUAACGAUGCACGAACGGUCCUGCGUCCUUAAUUUCCAACAUUUACGACGAAGUGUAGAUAUUAAAUCCAGCUAUAAUGACUGAAUGAUGACCAAAAGACGAUGAUAUAAAAAAACCACUACAUUUUAGACUGUGAUGAUUCGUGAAUAAAGUAAAUGAUGUACCACGUUUCGUUCGUUCGUGACAAUUUAAGAGGACAACUUUUGACAACUUUCAAAAUUAUACUCUAUACAGAAAAGAAGAAGGCCCCUACGUAGGUGCUUAUACAGAGGGUGACCAACAAAACAAAUUCAACAUGUCGUUCAGUUUCAAACUUCAAUAUUAUGUCAGAAUAUACAGAGUUGAUUCGUCGGUUACGAAGCACGGUCUCGCGAAUUUGAAUAUGGCACAUUCGACAUAAUCCAUAUCGCUGAGAAUCAACAUGUAAAAAAAUGCUGAAAAUCAGUCACAUCGCUUGAUCUUCAAGACUAGGGGGUGGAGGGUCAUCAAUAGCAAAUUUGACCGAUAGAGACCUAGAUGGAGAAGAACUAAAGUGCUAUUUCACCUAUUGAUAGAUGAUUUAACCGACAAACUAAGGAUUUUGUAGACAAACUGAAGAUUUACCUUUAGUUUUUUUAGUUUUUUCAGUUAUGGGGGGAAUACCUAUAGCAGGGGCCUGCCGUCUUUUAUAGUUGAAAAAGUAUGUGCUUGCAAUUUUUAUUCAUAGAUAAUUAGAAAGAACUUUUUGAGUCUAUUAUCUAAUGAUAUAGCCAAUUUGAAACAUACAAUUCUUGAAAUUUUCUGUUUGUUGUUUAGAACUUAAUAUGACAUGAGUAGGAAAGUGUGAAUCUUUUAUAUUCAGUUGGUCAAAUUGAAUUUGUAGAAAUGACAUUAUAUAUGAAUUAAAUUUCUUUUCUCUUGAUAAAGCAAAAUUAUUAAUCUUUGCCGUGAAAAUGUACCCCGAAGGAAUCAUAAAGGCCUAAAGAUACGGGAGAGGGGCGCAUUAUGCUGACGAAUAAUUGCAAGUAACGAGUGUGGUUUUGAUACAGCAUAAAAUCUUGAACAAUUAUAUUAAACUAAAAUUUGAUUGAUGUGUAUAAAUUUGGAUUUAAAAAUCCAAGCAUUUAAUUCUACCCUAUUUUCGGCAUUUUCCUAGAGUUAUGCCUAGAUUUUUAAUAGCAGUUUCUGUAAACCAAGAAAAAAAAGUAACUUGAUCACAUAUUUGUAGAAACAAUGUUUGGAGUGGCU